GCUUCCUGUUUGCCUCUGUUACCAUGGCAACGAGAUUCGACUCGCCUCGCGCCGGGCUGUUGUCGUAGGGCAAAAGUUGUUGAACUGCUGUUAGCAGGUCGGCUUUGUCAACAAAAUGGAGCUGCCGGCCUCAUAUUACGGCAGCAUAGAUAGUAAAAACCCAGUUGUUAUAGCGUUUGAACGGGACAUCUGCUCGUGUCUGACGCUGUUGCGGCGAGCGGCGUCCUCGACCUGCCAGGACAACGGCUCCUAUGCUAAAGGGAUUAAAUCUCUAGUGGCGCUUUGGAUAAAGUACAAACCUCGUCUGCCUUCUAAGUUGUACCUGGAGCACAUGCUGAAGACUGCAGAUGCUCUGACUGAGUUAAAGUUGUACCAGCCAGCCCUGUGGCACGGCUACCAUCUCUACCUGCUGCACUUCAGCUCAGUAAACAUAAUGAACAUAACAGAUAUAGACCAGUUUAUGGUUUGCUACUUUCCUGAAGGUUUUGAUGCAGACCAGGACAUCUUAGCCAUGAAGAUCCGUGCAAUGCUGGGAUGUGCCCUGUGUAUAUUAGAGCAGGAAAAAAGGCCCAGUGUCCUAAGCCACAACGGACUCUGUAAACUGCUGCGUGUGCUGAACUUUAUCAGGAUCAUGAUGCAGGCUUUCCAGCAACACGAACAGCUUUGCUGGCACAUAUAUAAUGGUUCACUGCAAAUCUACAAUAUCUGCCGUUACUUGAUGACAAUGAAUUGCAGUGCACAGGCACUGGAGUACCUUCUGUGGACAAGCAUCAGUGUAGAGCUGUGCUUCCCACUGAUGACUGCUAAGUAUCUGCCAUGGAUUGUCACACUCUACUGUGCUGUCUGCCACUGUUACUAUGACAACCAGAGUUCAGAGCAGGCAGAACAUUUUGCCAGAAGAGCACUUGGAAAAAUUAAUGAGCUAGCAAAGCUGGACGACCAAAGAAAAGCUUCUGCCAACAAAGAGACACAAAAUGUAUACAAAGAAGCCGCUAUUAAGCUGGGUGCCAUGGUGUUCAAGCGGACAGUGUUUGAGACCAGAAGGAAAUCCAAAUUUAAAAUCAAGCCCAAAAACAAUCUCAAAGACUUGCACAUUACGCCAUGGCCUCAUACUACAACAGGGCGCAUGCUGUGCACCCUGUUUGAGAGCAGUGCAGCAUGUUUCUUCAGUAUCCUAGAAGCACUUUGGGAUAGCACCAGUCUCCCACUAAAAACAAGUUUUCCAGAGGAACCAGAACUGCAGGAGGUGAUUCUGGAGCUCCUGUCUGCCGGCAUUGGUAUAUUAUCUGGUGUAACAAGCAGUGAGCCAAAGUGUGAUGACUGCGCAUCUACUUCUAUUAAAGCAGUGACGGCAACAUCUACUUUGAUAGAUUUAGCAAUUGCAGGAGAAAGCAAAAUACCCAUCACGUCUGCAGUGAGAUUCAUCAAGCUGUUGUUUCACUACAAGCAGCCAGAAACGUUCACUGAACUUGCCAGAGAAAUGCUUGAGGUUUUGUCUGGCGUGGAGGGUCAGUCAUUCAGGAAGGCUGAGCAGGAGCUUUUCUUACUCUACACUUUCAACAAUCUGCUGUAUUCCCAGAGAAAACGCCCCAGAGACUACAACAUGGCUGAUGACAAGCACAACACCUUAUUUUUGAGGAGUGAUGACUUCAAUGGCCUGGUAGAAGCGCUGCACAAGUCUGUUUGUGGUUCCGCCCCAGAUGUGAAACCAGAGAGGGACUUAGUUUUGGAAAUUGUUUUAUUUCUUUGGGGUAAAUUGAAGUUGGUCAAGUGGAGAGAAAACCCAAAGAUUACAGACUCUACUGAAAAGGCAGUAUAUUACAAGUGGUUGUGGUGCUUGUGUAUGCUGUGGGACAUUGCCAAUGCCUGUGACCUGGCUACUGUUGACUGUAUAAUCACAGCAGAGAUGAUCCACAUGUUGGCCAAACAGCUGGAGAGUGCAGCUGAACAUUGUGAACAAACACACCCUGGAGCUUCUGAAGCAGAUGUUGGUGGUGUGAAGCCAGGCUACCCUUCUCUUCUUAGGUGGUCAAGAACAGAGCUUCUUCAGAAAGAAAGUGAGGUGGUGGAGCAGGGCCUUAAAUGUUUGUCAAAGGGUUUAUCUACACUGCUGCCUGAAGACAGCUCAGUCUCAGUCAUAGACUAUGCAUUCAUACUGAAGGAGGAAACAGAAGGAGCGGCAACAAAGACAGGAUCAGGCUCUAAAGACACUCUGCCUAAAGCUUUGCUGCUGGCAUUAGACCUUUAUCUAGAGUUAGACAUCAUCCGCCACAGGGUUUCCCUGAAGUUACUGCAACUAAAUUCAGCUGUAGAGUCUGAACUGUUUGGUCGGAUAAAGAGGAACAAGGUCUCCAAAGCUCUUUUCCUGAUCCAGAGGGCUUUGAUAGUGUACAGCAACAUGGAAGCAAACAACAGCAGCCAAAUCAAGAGUCUGCUAGAGGAGGCUUCCUCCCUGAUAGAAAAAGCAGAGGUAGAGGAGAGAAAACUGUAUUUCUCUACCACAAGAAAGAUUCCAGGUCAAAGCAGAGACACAGCAAUGAAGGACCAAGAAGAACUCCCUCCAGCUCCACCCAUCUUACUGUCACGCACUGACCAGUCCUUCAGCUUUGCUCCAGCACCUUAUAUUCUGGAGGAAAAAGUUUGCUGGUACCAGCUCUGUGGCUGUGCAGUGGAAGGUAUUAAACGGAAAGUUCGCCUUGGAGACUGCAACCUACUAGGAACUGGAAAAAUGGUACCAGCAAAAUCUGGUGAAUGCAUUUUAAAGGUGGAAGGACUGGAGCCCAACCAGAAGUACAUGUUUGCCAUUGCAGCCUACAAUAGUCAGGGCAAGCUACUAGGAAACAACAUAGGGGAGACAACAUUUCCACUGUUGGCAUCCUUUCCUGUGCCACUGCUGUCUGCUUGGGCUCACUUGGCUCAGGUGGCAUUUCAAACAGUACAGUACGCCGUAGCAAAGAGAGCUUGCAGGGAACUGUGGAGGCACUAUACCGUCUCUGAUCCUGGAACCCACUGCAUAGAGGACAGACUCGGAGCAAGAGGUUUGCAUCAAGAGACCUUAAAACGCUCCUCACCUCAGCUCUGUCAGUUGUUCCUUACUUCCAUCUUCAUUCAGACAGAGAUCAACAUUCAGCAAGAAUCACUCUACUACAGCUCCUUUAGUGACAAAGGACCAUUUAUUUGGGAACAGGAAGCCAGACUGGCUGAAUGUGAGCGAAUGUUGGUAGCCGUGGACUUGGCGCUGUGGUUGAAUGAUGGUUUUGCUGCCAUACAAGCUGUUGUUACCUGCUAUGGCCUCUUAGCACCUCUAAUCUUUCACCAGAUCAAUUGUGAUGCUCUGGUGCAGGUGCUUAAAAAAUGCUUGGUGGUUUUGGAGGCAAAUUCAGACCUUCUCAAACAACAAUGGACCGGAAUGACACUAGACUCAUUAAUGCACAUGAUAGCCUGCAUCACCUACUACCUGUCAAAGUCUUUACGUACACUCAGGGACCAUCAUGUGGCUUCUGUUGUGAUGGACUGUGGUCGCAAGCUGCUCCAGGAGGUUCAUGAUGCCCAGCUGCAGAUUAGUAGGCCUGUUAGUGCAACUGAGAGUUUAAAGGCUCUUCAGGCCAAAAACAAGAAAAUCACAUCUGAAGCAACUCUCAGCACUAACACUGAGGUUACAAGACCAGUGACCGGCAGUAUGAAUCCAACAAUACUGUAUGAUCUGAUCUCCAGCAGCUCAUUAAAAGAUGCUUAUCAAAAUGUGAUGAAACUUAGACACAAAGCCUAUUUUAUUGAGUAUGCAGCACUGCUGCUCCAGAGAACUAAGGAAGAAGGCCACGUAGACCUGGUGUUAGAGUGGGGGCAGAGCAUGCUAAAAUUUCUCUGCAGGCGUGAUGAGGUGAUGGGACUGUUGACUAGGGACAUUGAAAAAGAAAAUAGUGUCCAGGCUCUGAAGGAAAACGAACCACAUCAGAACAGGAACAUAUCUCAUAAUGAUGCAAGAAAGAAGGUAAAGCAGAAACUGCCACACAGCUUGUUACAGGCAGUGAGAACUAACAGGGAGAUGCUGAUUGUGGAAAACCUGCUAGAUAAGAUGUCAUCCGUGGUGCAUCGCAGCAAGAAGCGCCUUCAGCUAAGGAAACUGUGCAAGGAGGAAAGCGUGUGGAGGUCACAUCUGAAUUACACGAUGGCUCAGGCGCAUAUAGCUCUGCUUCACCAAGGCCUGGACAAGCUGCAUGGAGAAACUCUGCAGGACAAGUACAGCCAGUUAAAUCCACUGUGUUUCUCUCUGGCCUACUCUGGUAUCCUUGUAUGGAGGAACCUCCAAAGACAGCAGUCUUCUAAUAUUGAGAGAGACUCACAGAGAAGCACAGCUAACUCUCUUCUCAGUGAUUAUGUGCCUGUACACAGAGAUGAAGUGAGAAUUGAUGACUCUGCUACAGAGGACAGUUGUGAUGAGGAACAGGAUUCAGCUCAGUUGGUGAAAGGACACAAUGAGCUGCACAGGCACACUGUUACCUUGGUGCAUAAAUCACUCAACAAAGCAGGUUUACAUUUCCGACGAGCCAUGGUGUUGGCGCAUCGUGGCAGCCACUGGACCACUCUGCAGUAUGUGUGUCAGAACGUUUGGGAACAAAGCUGCAGACUGGCUUUGUUUGCACAGAGGGCUGCUGAGCUUGAACCUCCCUGUGUGACCACAGAUCAACUCCAGACCUUCUUUAUGCCACUACUCACACUGGCUACUGACCUUAUAAUGGACAUGUUAAACAGACUUGGUUUUUGGAGUGUGUAUGAUAGCAACUUGACUGAGGAGGAGCUUGAGACUGGUCUUCAGUUCUCAGCUCUCCUGGAUGACAGCACCCAGGUGGACCUGCGUUGGGUUCAUACUUUGGUAUUGCAUACAUUGGAACAGCUCCAUUUUAGUGGCAAAUGGGAAAGCUUGGCCCACUUUGCCUUAUUGUACAACUCCUACACAAGGGAACGUUAUGCCUUGAUCAUAACCCCUUUACUAAUUCAUGCUCAGAGGAUGCUGCUGGAAAGGAUUAGUUUUUAUGGAGGGCCUUCAGUUCCACAGCCACACCAUGUAAAGACACAGAUGGCCACAGGCAAAGAUGUGACAUGCAGGAACUAUGCAUGGUGCCAGUUGCUCAGUGGAUGGACCCUAACUCAUGCAAAGCAGCCACACAUUCGUAAAAAGUCAGCAAACUCCAGCACUCAAAAUGUAGUUGAGCUUAAAGGUGCAGAAGUAAAACUCUCCAUGGCCAACGUGUGUGUUCCUCUGGACACUGUUGAGACACAAAAAUGUUACCACCAAGCCAUUGAGAGAAGAUCACACUGCAUGCAGGUUUUUCAGCACAGUCGCUCAUUAUUGAUGCGGCUUUUGGCGUACACACAACCUUCUUUUGAGGUGCAUUUGCGACACGGAACAUGUUUCAGCAAUUCAACAAGCCUGGUGGGUUUCAGUCCCAUUGUUAUGCCGGCUCCGAACAGUCAGCCUUGUGACAUGACAGCGGAGGACUUCAGCACUGCAAAUGCCUUUUACAGCCUCCCCAUCAGCCCUGACCACUUGCCCACUGUGAUUGCCGCAUACUUCACAUCCAUCAAGCAUCUUAAGGCUAAUAGUCACGACUCCCUUAGAGUUUUGGCGCUGCAUGAAAUGGGAAACCUACAGUUCUACACUGGAAACAUGCGGGCAGCGCAGUCACACUGGAGUAACGCUGUAGAUUGUGCCUUAAAGAACACAGGCACAGUAGAGAAGUGGGAUGGCGUGACCUCUGGGAGUGGCUGCCUGCAACAAACCCUGCAGCAGGCUGGAAUUUGGGGAUGUUUACAGGCUGCUGUACUCACUGCUAAGAUAGCACAGUAUAUUUUAACGUCUGACGUAAGCCAGCGUACCAAGUGCUGUCUCUUGUCUGCUCACCUCUUUAAGUGUGUGCUGUAUUGCUCCAUGGCUCAGCCCCAGACAGACCUCCAGUACGCCUCCCACAGCAUUAGAGAGGAACUGCUUCCUGGAGUCAACCUUUUCUCUGAACCCUUGAGGGUUCAUCUUGAAACCACAGUAACCAGUCUUAACUUCGUCUGCCACUGGCUUUUCACCACAGGCUAUCACAUCACGCUCUUGCCCAUAUUAGCACUUUACCUACAUUUUGUUGGGACUUUGUGCAGAGAUGUGAAGCGCACAGUUGAGGGCAAAAUACUCCAGAUACGUGCUCUUACUGAAUUGUGUUUGUUCACUGAAGCUGUGAAAGAGGCAGUUCAGCUCACGCAAGGACUAGGGGUUCUUUUACCUUGUGGAUACGGCAUUGCCACAGACAGUCUUCAACCUAUGAAAAUUUUCUACAGCAACAAGUCUCUCCUGGACAAUGCUGAGGCUUUGGAGGAACUUCUGAACUGUAACAUUGGUCCAGAGAUUCGUACAUUGUAUGGAUCACAACUGUGCCUCCGAUUCAACUUGACCCGUAUUCAACUAGUACUGGCACUCAGUAACACUGUACAUGGCCUCCCUGUGCAAGAUGAUGAUGAAGGAGAAUGUUGUGGGAGCAAAACAGUUCCAAAGAAUUCAGCACCCCAUGAACAGGACAGGUUGGAUGUAGAAGGUUCUUACAUGAAGGCAGAUGAGACAAAAGUACUGGAUUUUAAAUCCAGGACAGAGAGCCUGAGUCCAGAAAGGAUCAAGCUCCUUUUGUUAGAAGCAGCGUCCUCCUUGAUUAACUCAAGUUCGCAGCAGCUCACAGCCUGCUGCUGUUCUGAAAUGGAAAGCAUUGAACUGGCUGUGGAGUUCAAGCUUUUAAAAGCAAAUUUGUACUAUCAGCAGGGACAUAUUGCACUUAGUUCUGAAACGGCAGCGAGUUCCCUGGUGCUAUUGCAGACGUCUCCUGUAAUCACAAGACAAAAACCUGCAUCUGAGUCCCUGCAUCACAGGUCCAGAAGUAAACAGGACCUCAAAGAUUGCAGCAUGUCGCUCCCAUUGCCUUUAGACUGCCCCAGAGAGGUUGAGGUCAGGGAAAGAACUGGAGUUCUUCUGUGGCUGCGUUGCCGCCGGGCUCUGGUCCAUAGCCUGAUUGCAAACAUACCUGCAAAUGCUGCUCUUUUACCAGGUAAGAACUUCAACGAUGAGGCAGCUCGGCUGAUACAGGAAGCUCUCGGUGAAUGUGUGCAGUGGGGAGACCUUGAUAUUCGAGCUUGUUUGAUGGUUGAAGGUGCAGAACUGGAGGCCCAGAGAGGCCGGACUGAUGAUAGCAUCACAAUGCUGCAGGAAGCAGUCAGCCUGUUGGUUGAAAGGUCAUGGAUGCCACCAGGGUCCAUUUUGACUCUGGCUCGUGCCGCUUUACUGCUCAGUAACCUAAGGGGCAAUCAGAGUACCACACUUCUGAAACUGACAAAGGAGCUUCUACAAAAACAGCUGCGUGUUUUUGGACAGAACGUCGAACUGAAUGAUGGAGAAAUGUGCUUCUCUCCUCCUGGUCUCACUAACAUCUACCUUCCUUAUCUCAAGAUGCUGGCUCAGAUGAGCAUGAGGUUUGCUAAUUACCAAACUCCAGGACAAUAAUUUCAAUCAUCAUCACCUAAACACAAAGCUGUACUGAGAGUGUUUUUGCUAUCUUGUUUAUUAAAAUGAAUUGACUACUCCAUCAUCCUUUUGAGAUGACCCUAAAGGGUCAAUGGCUCCUAGUUUAGCAGGUCCAUGCUUCCCUCUGCUGGCAACAGUGAAAUAUACAUACAGGAGUGGACAUGUUCACUUAAUUCUGUGUUAAGCCCUGUGUUACUGUAUGUGGAAUGGAAAUUAAAAACAAAAUGUAGUUAUUGAAUAUAAAAUGCAAAGCAAAUGUCAAAUUUGUCAUUUAUGUAAUUUAGUUGGGGCAAUUAUUAAACACAAAUAAAAAAAAUG